AUUAAAAUGAAUGUGUUUGGUCUGUUUUCAUCAUCUGUUUGAAUUGUCACACGUAGUUUAGAUAAACUGAAUCCUUUUAGAAAUAAAUCUUCCCUGCACGUAUGUAAUGAUAAUUGGAGCUAGUACUGCUGCGCGUCAAAUUUGUGGCUCUGGUUCAAAACCUAGCGAGCCACCUAUCUAGACAGCAACCUUCGACGUCUGGAUCCCGCGUAUCAUGUGCAAAACUUGCCUAGGUAGAGAGAGCCGGUUAGAUAAUGAGACGCAGCCCGUGUCUUUCAGUGUAGCGCACGUAUUCCUUUAUACGCUCUUUCGCACUCUGUAAAGUGUUGUUUUUGCCUUACUUUUAGGUUCAAACGCUAGUAUUGGUGUAAUAAAUACAUACCAAUACUCAUAAAGAGUUCAUUUCUCUGGCGGAUUUGUGGCGGGGGCAGCUGAGAGGACGAACAUGUCGGGAAAGAGUUUUCGCGUUAGCGACGGAGACUGGGUUUGUCCUGAUGAAAAGUGUGGAAAUGUCAACUUUGCCAGAAGAACGAGUUGUAACAGAUGUGGCAGUGAAAAGACAACUGAAGCAAAGAUGAUGAAAGCAGGGGGAACCGAGAUUGGAAAGACCCUGGCUGAGAAGAGCAAAGGUCUCUUCAGUGCCAACGAUUGGCAGUGCAAAACGUGUGGCAAUGUAAACUGGGCCAGAAGAUCAGAGUGCAACAUGUGUAACACCCCUAAAUAUGCCAAACUGGAGGAAAGGACAGGAUAUGGUGGAGGGUUCAAUGAGAGAGAGAAUUUAGUCUACAAUGAGCGAGAGGAGUCUGAUGGCGAGUAUGAUGAGUUUGGGCGCAUAAAAAAGAAGUAUCGUGGAAAAAGCAAGAAGGACGAUGAAAAGAAAGAGGAACCAAAAAAAAAUGAUGAUGGUGGUGAUGAAGACGACGAAGAUGAUGAUGAUGAUGAAGACGGAGAUCUUUCAAAAUACAAACUUGACGAUGAUGAAGAUGAUGCAGAUUUGUCCAAGUACGAUUUGGAUGCUAGUGAUGAAAAGAAAGGGAGUCGCUCCGGCUCCUCGCGGUCAUCAUCUCGCUCGUCCAGUUCAAGUUCCCGGUCUAGGUCCAGAUCCCGGUCCAGGAGCUCAUCCAGUUCCAGAUCUCGUUCUCGCUCCAGGUCCAAUUCCAGAUCCAGCUCCAGAUCAGGAAAGGGCUCUGCUUCCUCAAAGAAGAGGUGUCGCUCCCCUUCCUCAUCACCUGAGGGAGGCCAGAAGAGGAGUCGCUCCAGGUCCUCCUCUGGUGGCCGCAAAAAAAGACGCGCGCGAUCGCACUCGUCUGAAAGGUUUGGUGUAACACAUGGUGUCCUGGAUACCAGGCGUCCUUCUGCAUUAUACACAGGGCUCAGUGAUAUAGCAGUACAUUUUUUUAAACAAUGUGACAAAAUUGCGCUUUUCUCUGUACAAUACAUUUUUUUAUGCUUUGUUUUGAUUUCAAGAACCAAAUCAUUUAAUCGGUCAUGGUCUUUUCUCUUUGUCUCUUUCUUUCUAUCUCUUUGUAGACGCAGAGGCUCAUCUGGAUCAUCCCACUCUGGCUCAAGCGCAAAACAGAAAUGAUUAACAAAAGAAACAAAUCUUUCUAAAACUGCAUGUUUUUUUUUUUUUUUUGGUUUGGUUUUUGUUUUUCAAACUCCAGUUUUUUGGGCUAUUGCAACUACCCAACUGUUUGAAUUCACAUUGAUUUCUAUGAAAAAAAAUACUUACGCACCUGUUCACGUAAUCUCUUAAAAGUUUUCUGCCCUUUUUUUUUUUCUUUCUUUUUUUUUUUUUAAACAUCUAGCCAAAUCUCUAAACAGUAUAACUCGAGGUGUAAAGUCUGUAGUGUCCGUGGGUUUAUAGAGAAAUAACAUCAAGUCUGUGACUAUAAAUGGCGCAUAUCUUCUGGACAUCAACCAUUUUGUUGGGAAAUUAUGCAAAUUAUAUUGCUAAAGUAGUUUUAUUCAUCCAUUGUCAGACAUUAUUGCCGUCAGAAUAAGCAGUUCAUUAGCAAAACAUUUAUGCUGAAUUAAAAAGUGCUCAGAUGCUGGUUUUAUAGUUAUUUUAUAUGGAACUCCUCACAAGAAAUGUUGAUGGCUUAAACAUUACUUAACCACCUCAAAAAUGCCAGCAUAUUAUAUUGAGCUUUUCUUCUGAGGCGUAACAUUGCCUUGUCUAAUUGUGUGCGUUAAAGGUAAGUAUGUUUUUUUUCUAUACUUGUAGAGA